GUUUGAUACGCACUAAAUCAAUCAGAUCAAGCAUAUAUAACAGAAAAAGGGAUUUCUUUUUCAGAGAAAAUAAACAAGAUCGUUACCAUUACUUUUGUGUGAGAUAUAUUUCUCCUUUGUUAUGUCAUUCUGCUGUUAAAUGAACAUCACAGAGACCCAUCCUUACACCAAAAAAAAACUACGAAGCAUUUCUUGGUAUGCAGCUGUAAUCUUGGCGUUACACUAAGCGCCUCUGUAUGUGGCGCAAAGUAUCGACUGAUGUUUGUGUAAGGAUUAUUCUUAUAAAUAGAGAACGAGUAAGAAAUGCUUGGCACCGCACUUUUUCUUUCUUGCUUAAAUAUCCUCAAUGCCUACAAAGAAAGAUUACAUUCAACUACCCGCAUCGCCUACUAUCUCUGCAAACGAGCCAAAUGAUGCCUUUUCUUCUGCAGCACCUUUUGAAGAUGCCGUGUCUGAAUUACCGCCUUAUAAGAGCUUGACAACGGAGCCACAGUCCACAGUAGGAACAUCCUCAUCAAAGAACAAUGAUCAUGUAUACAUUGAUCCAAGCGUAGGCGAUGCAGAAGAUGCCUCAUGUAACUUACAAACUGGAUCAGAACCAACGGAUCAUGCCAUUGUGAUGUUACCAGACGACCACCAACUUGAGUAUGAAGAAUAUAAUCCACCACCAGGAUACUCUGUGCAUAUGGCAGAGUAUAGAGUUACAAGCAAAGGCAAGGUCAGAACUCGAGACAGGCACGUAAAUGAAGAUCCAGAGGCUCUGCUGCAGUUUUUAUAUCAGCAUAACACGCCCCCAACUCUUAUCAUACGAUUUAAAGGUUUUUGCGAAGAAACACGAUGGGUCACCAAGACGAGACGUAACUAUCAAGGAGAAGAAGAGACAGACCAUGUAUCAGAGACUCAACGUGUAGACGGCUUUGAUUUCAAAAUCGACACCAGUCAAUAUGUAUCAUCCAGUUCUCAAGGCAUAUACGUCUUGCCAAAUAAUAACGAAACAACGCCCAAAGUUAGACAGCUUUGUAAUGACUAUGUUCGAUCUAAGAACGUGCUGAAAGAACUUAAAUUGACAAAAGAAAUUAACUGGGACUUUCAGAAACUCGCUGAAGCUCUCAAGAAUGCCAUUCGCAGCACUGGAGAAUUUGAAGGCAUUGAGAUCACCUUCAAGACAGAGAAAGAAGAGAUUAUUGUCAAGCCUAACAAUUGGGUGUCUUGUAUAGUUGACAAUAUCGUUUUCAAGAUACUCAUGUUCAUCACCUGUUUCUGGGUGUUUACUGUUCCGUUCACCUUUCUUUAUGGAAAGAAAUUUGGUCACUCUAAUCUGAGGAGUGGAUGGAACAUGACCAUCUCUGAGAAAACUUGGUAUCAACAACAUGCGCGCGAGAUCGUUGCCAUGUGUCGUAACAGAAUCAUCAAUAGGAAUCAAAUAACAAAAUUGACACCCAUUCCACCCUUCCCAGAUAUGCCUGGUAGCUCACAGUCCUCUGACUUUAUUUAUGAACCUUCUCAAUAAGUUUCUUUUACAUUUACUUAACUUAUGCAUAAAUUCAUGUGAAUAAAUCGUAUUCCCUCUUUCUUUCUUUCUUUCU